AAUAUUUUUUUCCUUAUUUAAAACAAUUCAAAUUUCUGAAUGAAUUUUUUUUUUAGGUUGCCGUUAUAGUUACUUACCAAAAUUGUUAUCAUUUAACCGAAAAAUUUGAUUUAAUGCCAUCGGAAACAAUUUCUUUUGAUCCAAAUAUUUAUAACAAUUUUAUAAUUGAAGAUUUUAAUAACGUUCAGGAAGGGGAAAUUAUAGUUUCACAAAAUAACGUGUCCAAUAACAAUAACAAUAAUAAUAAUAAUAAUAGUAAUAACGGUAAUGCUACAUUAACCGUUCGACUUGCGACAAUAAAAAAUUCUGAUUCUUUUACAAAAUCAGAAUUCCGAGAUUCUAAUUUUAAUUUACAAAUAUUACGAAAAUCAUUUCCAAAUUCAAAUACAUUAUCAUGGCUGGGGUAUUUGACGAUACCACCAAAAUGUAUAUCAGCUCGAUUAGAAUUAUCAUUACCAAAUACACAAAAUACACCAAAUACAAAUUCAAUUUUAAAAAUUGAUUCAAAAACAUUUAACAUAAAAUUAAAUCAAGAUUUAAAUUCUCCAAUUCAAUUAAUAACUUCUAAAGGUGAUAUUAUUUUUAAUAAUACUUUAUUUACGAAUCAAUUAUCAAUAACGACUAAUAAUGGAAAUAUUGAUGGAAAUUUAAAUACGAGAAAUGGAUUAAAUAUUAUUACCGAUACUGGUUCCGUUAAAUUAAAUUUAACUUUAAAUGAUAAUAAUUUAUUGAAUGAUAUUAAUAGACAAUCUAAUAAUAAUAUUAAAAUUAAAGCACCAAAAGGAGAAAUUAUUAAUCUUGGUAUAAAUAUUCAAGAAGGAAUCAAAAGUCCCAAUAUUGAUAUAAAUUCUGAUAGUUCUAACGUCUCGAUCAAAUUUAAUGGUACAUUUAAUGGACAAUACGAUAUAAAUUCUUCGAAUGGAAAUGUUAAAAUUGAAAAAGGUCUUGAUAUUCUUAAUCAAAAAAGUGAUAAUAUAGGUAAUUUUAAUGAUUUGAUAUUAAUUGGUAAGAUAAAUAUUAAAUCAAAUCGUGGUAAUAUAGACGUGAAAUUUUAACGAUGGGCGUUAGUCAUAGUUUAUAUUUCAAAAUUUUCUUUAAAUAUUUCUUUUGUAUAUUUUUUUUUCUUUUUUUUUUUUGGACGAUUUUAUUUUUUUUUCAUUGUAUUUUUUUAUUGUUCCUUUACAUUGUAUAAUAAUGUAACAAAUGUAUCAUAUUAAAACCUACAAAACUAUUGUACGUAUUAUACGUGCGUAAAAAAUCAUUAUAAUAAACCUAACCUUAAUUUUUAAUAA